AUGCCCAUGGAAUCCGUCUUCUCCUCUCGCCGAGAAUCCUGGCCACCUACCCAGCUCCGCUUGACUCCCACCAUGUCCUUCAAGAAGAGGACCGUUGUUGAGAGCUUUGAGCCUCGGCCGCUUCUCGAGGAUAUUGACGACAACCCGCUCACCUACUUCCUCACUCCCAUCCCAGCAGAGGAUGAGGAUGACGAGAUGGACCUGGACGUCGACAUGAUGGACUUCGACGCCGGCAUCGAAGACGCCAGCCAGCCCCGCGAGGCCGUCCGCAGCGUCAGUCCCUCUUCUCUCGAGGGCCUUCGCAAGCCCGACAGCGCUCGCCCGGCCUCGCCAGACUUUGACUCGGACGCCCUCACCACCGACGACGACGACGAUGAGGAAUACAUUCGCUUCUCCCCCACGUCGUCGUCCUUCUCGCUGACCCCCCUGAGAGACCUCGCCGUCGAGGGCCUUCGCUUCCGAGCCAAGAGCCCCGUCUUCGGCCUCACUGCCAACGCCCUGCUCUCGCCCAACUCCGUGCCGGCGCCGGGCCGCAGGGGCAGAGGCCGCACAAACAGCCGCGGGUCGACACGCCAACAGACUCGCAGCUUGUCUGUCCGCGCAAGAGAUGACCACCUGUGGCGGGAACCCAGUCCCGACGUGUGGUCCAUCGAAGAAGAGACUGAAGAGGAGUUGAUGAGCGAUGCGGGUGUAGACACCAAGGCUGCAAAGCCCAAGAAGAAGGUACGCUUCGUGCUCCCAGACAAGGAGUAA